ACAUAAAACACUACACAUCCAAAACCCCUAAACUAUGGAGAAGAGCAGCGACGGCAGCUGAGCUGCUCCGAUUGCGAGUGCAAUGGCGGAGCAAAUCAAUAGCUCUUCAUCUCCUUACUCCAUCCGUACAAAUCUCAGUCGACAAAAUCCUCAAUCCUCAGCAGCAGCGGCAGCGGCCACAGCUCCAACUUCAUCGUCAUCAUCUUCUUCUACUCCCUCGAAUUCUUGCGAUAGAGGCGUUGUAGUCGUAGGUUUUGUGGGAAGCAAACCCACGACAAGCCCUACUCAUCUAAUCAACAGGGUUCUCGAUGCCAACAUCUUCGGCUCCGACGCGGCGAAGGAUCUUCAUCGAUUUCGCCGCCAUCGAAUUACCUAUUACUGUGAAGAUUCAUCUUCUUCCAAUAACAAGGGGAUUUUGUUCUUGAACCUCGCAUUCUCUCUCUCGGAGGGUUCGGAUUAUUCCUUGAAGGAGGAGGAGGAGUUUGAGUUCGAUCAUCUUCAGGGGUUGCUCUUCAUGUUCUCUGUUUGUCAUGUCAUAGUAUUCCUCCAUGAGGGACUGCGAUUUGAUACCCAAAUCUUGAAAAGGUUUCGAGUGCUCCAAGCUGCCAAACAUGCCUUUUCACCAUUCAUAAGAUCCAGUACAUUGCUCCCAAAAACAUCGACGACAUCCAUAUCACAACCAUAUGCUGCACCCAACGCUUCUUCUUCUUCGAUUUCUCCAACCGUUAGGCGAACAAGCCGCCAGUCUUCAUCUAUAUCUCUCAUGUCAGGCUCUGGCUCUCGCCUCUCUGUGUUCCCUGGUCAGUGUGUUCCUGUCAUUCUCUUUGUCUUUUGUGAUGAUUUCUCUGAUGGGCUGAUUAAUCCUUCACCAAAUAUGGAGGAUACGACAGAAACUCAGAAGUCAAACUUGACCCUGAAAGGUUCAGGAUCUGUGGUCAUGCUGGCACGAAACAGCAGUAAAAAUGAAGGAAGCUUGAAGAAGAAGCUGCAUGCAUCUUUGGAUGCACAAAUCCGUUUCUUGCUUAAGAAAUGCCGCAUUCUUGUUGGUUCAGAGCCCAGUUUAAGAGGAAGCAGCAGUGUGAAUUCCCUUCCCUUGUUUUCACUUGAUGCAGCAAGAGUUAUAGUCUUGGCAGAUAGGACAGUCAACAAAAGAGGUGAAUCCUUGGACUUCAUUACUGGUUUCAUAGAGGAAACUCUUAAUUCGAAGGGAGAUUUGAAUGAGUUUAUUUUUGGAACACAGCCCCAGGCUCUUAAUCACGAGGAGAUACAAAUAAUUGCGGAUUUUAUAUAUCGGCAGUCUCACAUUCUGAGAGGGAGAGGUGGUUUACCAAGUAAUGCAAAUAGUGCUGGAGUCGGUAUUGCAGCAGCAGCAGCUGCUGCUGCUGCUGGAAAGCCAAUUAGUGUUCCUGAGCUCCCAAGUUUAGAAAAUUGGUUAUCUUCCAGCACUUUAAUUAUUAAUGCAUUGGUCUCUAUAGAUCAUGAAUUUUUGGAUGAAUCUGGGAACAUCAAAAAGGUGUCUCUUCAAUCAAGUUCCAUCAAAAUGCACGACAGGCAGACUUCUACAUUUGGAUCUAGUGCUGCUGAAGCUGCCAUUUCUUGUCUUGAAAGUAGUAUAGGUCUUGACAUGAAGUUUUCUGUAACUAUGUGCAAAAGAGCUCUUCCAGCUGCUAAAGAUGUUUAUUUGAAAGAUUUACCUGCUUGCUACCCAUCUUCUUUACAUAAUGCACAUCUAGAGAAGGCCCUUAGUGCUUUUUCUUCAAUGGUUAAAGGACCAGCUGUUGGAAUAUUUAUAAAGAAGCUGGAAGAUGACUGUACAUAUAUAUGGACAUCUGGGAGGCAACUUUGUGAUGCCAUCAGCUUGACUGGAAAACCAUGUAGACACCAAAAACACACUGUUAGUGAUCAUUCGAGCGGAUAUUUUUUCCUCCAUGCAUGUGCUUGUGGUCGCUCGAGGGGGCUUAGAGAGGAUCCUUUUGAUUUUAACAGUGCUAAUGUUGACUUUAACUGUUUUGCCAACUGUGAAGAUGUCCUUCCAACACUAGUUCUUCCAAAAGGAAGCGACGCAUCACCUCUUCCUCCAAAGUCUUGGAGGCUUUUGCGUCUUGGAGGAGCACGAUGUUAUCAGCCAUCAAGAGGAUUACUUCAAAUAGGGUUUUGCUCCUGGGAAAAUUUUCUGCUGAAAUGUAUAAUUUCAUUUGACAAACAAAGAGGGGCUUAUACAUUGUCUACUGGUGCGACAGCAGAGAGUUCUGUGGUAAGUUCAACACCCUACUUUAAGGCUUCUACUGUUGUGUGCAAAGAAAAGAAGAAACUCGAUAAUAGUAAGUUCACAAAGGAAGUCCAGCGUGGGGGUUCAGAUAAUCAGCAAAAGCUAGCUGGCAUGGCUUCUUCUGAUGAUACAAGUAUCAGUUUUGGUAAAGGUCUUCCAUCAUUUACUAUGAAAAAACCUUUUUCUGAAGUCGUUGCAGGUACUGUUCUGUUUGAUUCAACAUUCCCUAAUCUUAAGAGUAAUAAACAGCAAACAAUUGCUGUUGCAAAAGGUGGAAAACAAACAGGAACAGUUGAUCAGACUGAUGGUCAAGUGAUCAAAACUGAUGGUCGUCAAGGAUCUCAUAGAAGUGAAUACAUUGAAGUUCAGGAAAGCUUAGAUAGUUCCACAAGUAAUUAUCAAACCAGUUGCAGCCCAGUUUUACAGAUAGGAAGCAAAUUAAUUCCUGUAAACAUGUGCGACACUGAAAAGGUGCUGCCAAAUAAUUCUCGAAAGGAGGUUGUUCUGUAUGUAGGUUUUGAACACGAGUGCUCUCAUGGACACCGAUUCCUUCUAUCCCCUACGCAUCUUAGGGAGUUUGAUUCUUCAUACUCUACUGAAGUUUCUGAAAGAAAAUAUGUCAAAAAUAGUAAUGUAUCACAUGAAGAAGUGAUUCAAUCUCCAUAUAGAACGUCAAAUACUGCUAGUAGUACAAGAAGAAGUACUAAAUCUACACUAAAUGAUAUUAAUUAUGGUCAGCAACGAGAUGGAUUCACAUCAUUCUCUAGAGAAGGCACUGAUAAGUUUCAAUCUGGUCAGGGUCUCUCUACCUCCUCUGACACCACGGACGAGCUUGAAGGUAAUCUUUUACAUGUUAGACUUGAUGAUGGUGACCAUGGGUUAUCACUUUUAAACAGAAAUUUGCCUGUGUACAUGAAUUGCCCUCAUUGCAAGAGCUCAACUAAGCCGAAGCAAGAUAUCAAGUUUGCAAGUUCUGUAUCGCAGCUUCAAAGGAUAUUCCUGGUGACACCUCCCUUACCUACAGUUCUUGCAACCUGCCCAGUUAUACAAUUUGAGGAAAAAUGUCUGCCUCCAUCAACUCCAGUUCUGGAGCAGAAACUGUGUUUUACUCUUGAUUGUCAAGUAAUCUUACCUCCCGAGAGCUUCCUUGUUUUAAGACUCCCAUUCAUCUAUGGCAUUAAAAAAGGUGAUGGAACUCUGCAACCUCUUAGCCACCACACACAUCAACCAGAACUCAGUGCAUGGCUUAUGAAAGGCACGGCUUUGGAAGUUAUCUCAAUGGGACAUGACACAGAUGAGAAACUUCACGUGCAAUGACAAAUUGACGCAGAUGAGAAACUUCACGUGCAAUGACAAAUUAAGGCUCUGUACAGUGUCCGAUUUAAGUGUGAAAUAUUUUAUCAAAUACAUAAAAGGAAAAAAAUUCCUUUGAUGCUUGGCCCGCUCCAUCAAUCAGACCGAGGUGAGCUUGCCUGAUGGAAGCAUGAUCGUAGGCGCAACUUGACUCGUGAAGCAUGUUGCCUUGAAAAUAAAUGGUAUUGGCACACGCACGAUCAAACGGGCCCAAGAUUAGAAUGUCUAAUAAGUGGUUGCUAAUGGCUAGUAUAGCUGUUAGCAAAGAUUGUCACAACCCCAAAUUUCCGAACCUAAAAGGAAUAUUAGAGCCGGACUAAACCUGUGAAAGAUCCUCCAAAAAAAUACAUUCAUUAAAAGACCAUCAAAAUAGUCUCUUCAUUGAACUUAAACCAACAAUAAAUAUUCUCUAUAAUUCCCAAAAGUCAACAUUAAUCCAAUUAACUUGAUAUAAACAAAUAUUCCUCAACUUGAAAUAAAACUCGACCUAAAGGAAAGAAAUCUCAUAAUUACAAAACUCUCAAUUCAUCAAUUAAACAUCAAAGACUUUAUUUAACCUUCACCUAGAAGAUAAUAACAAUUCCGAAUUUUAUUCCUUGCUCCGUUCUAAGAAUUAAAAAAAAAUCAUCAAUUCCACAUAAUCCCGAGUCUCUGGAAAGAAUGAAAACAACGCAACGAGUUCACAACUCAAUAAGUGGAUAAAUUCAUACAUUGAACACUAGUUUUACAAAACUAAAAUAAAUUGACUUAAUAAGCAAGAUACUAAAAUAGUAAAAAAUUAUAAUGCAACAUUUUUAAAAUGUGUACAUGCAAUGGAAAUAAGAAGGUCAUAUCUCAAUGCGGUCAACACUUCGAUACUCCGGUUGACUUGGAAAACCCCACUAUUAUAUAGCUCGUGGUCGGGAUGUUGAGACCCAAACUUGGGUUCUUAGCGCUAAAAUAAAAACCAAAAUAAAAACCUCAUAGAGGCACAUCGAGCCCUGUUUAGAUGACUUACUUAUCCUCAACAUAUAUCGGUAUAUUGACUUGAGAUGCAUAUACUUUAAGAAAAUUAAACAAAGUUCGUAAAACUAAAUACGUUAUACAAAAAUGCGAAAUGCCAACCAAUAGUGAAAUCAAUCAAUCACAUAUGCAUCUCAACUUACUACUAUAUGAAAAGAUAUAACAAUUGACAAAGAAAAUAAGCAUAGCCUUAUACCAAAUAUCCAUGUGCAUCACCUCCGAAUCAACAUUUAACAUGUGAGUAACUCACACAAAAGGAUAUAAUCCAUCAUAAAUAAAUUCAUAUAUAAUUAAUAUAAUUUUAUAUGAAAAUACGCAGUGCACAAUGCAUGAAUUCACCACUUAGGCACUUACAUAAACCUGAAGACUAUCAGAAUACCAGUCAUGAUGCCUCCUCAAAGUCACUUGAAACCCCUAAAGAAUUCAUAUAAAAUAGUCGUCAAAACAAACAUCCUAUUAAACAUUAACACAUUAAGUUGUCCCUAUAAUAUAUCUUAGUUUAAUAACCUAGUGUUCCCAAGCUAUUCCUUCUACUAUCCUCGAUCAGUAACAAUACAGUAACAAUACAGUUCCCACAUUUCUAACUAAGUCAAAAUAAUAAUAAUAAUAAUAAUAAAUCAUACUCUAUCUUUCAUGGACAGGCAUCUAUCUAAAAAUAAUUCUUUGAUCACAUGUUUAGAGGUAAGAGGACAAGAUCCAAGAAUAUAAAAAUUAAUUGGAGUGAAGAAUAUCUAUAGGAUUAUACCCUUCUAUAGUGUGUAAAGUUGAUGAUCUAAUCGCUGAUGGCUCCCUUCAGCCCAAAUCCGAUCAGCCCCCCCCCCUUUUUUUGUGUGUGGCGAAAUAAUGACGGGAAAAGGAGAAGAGGCUGACGGGAAAAGAAGAAGGAACUAGAGUAGGGUUUUGUUUAUUCCUAAAUAUCCUUUUACUAAUAGACCCUCUAACAAUUUAUGCACAAAAGUCCCUUUACUUUUCCUUAUAUAUAUAGCCAAGAAACUUAGAAUUAUUACAAAGAUCAUAUAUUAUCGUCCACCAAAUAUGUAACUCUUCACUGCAUAUAGGCCUUACUAACAAAAACAUAACCAUUGUUAAUCGUUAAUCACCCUCAGCCUCAUAACCAUCCUGAUCGUUUUCGAUUCAGGUAUGUCAAUAAUAAAAUUCUGCAAUUUUUAUCAUGUGUUUUCUUCAUGAAAUUUUUGUCUACCUCAAAAUUCUCCAAGUUUCCAAGUGAAGUGAAGCCUCUCUAGUUCAAGCUAUUCAGCUGUGAAGCUCUCUUCUCUACAGGCUUUCUCCUCUAGAGCAUCUCAAUAUUUUUCUUUUCUCUACAGUUCCUUCUCUACAACAACUAAAAUUCUCUCUUGUUUUCUUUUAUUUUUUUUUCAACUAAUUAAUUAAGAGUAGUUUCUCUUCAACUUCACAUCACACUAGUGCUGCUGACACAUCUAGACGUAAUAGCACACUCGCUAUCGAAGGAUAACAACAAUAGCAAGCAUUUGGUGACAAUUCUAUCUUUUUUUUUGUUUUAACCAAGUGAGCUAAUUAGCUUUUUUACACUUAUAAUAUUUCAUUUAAUGAUCUCAAAGUAGUAAAAUCUGCAGUUACACUAGAGCCUUUCAAAAAAGAAAAAUAUUGAAAUGUUUUCUGGAAGAAGCAUCAACGCCUGUAGUUUAGAAACAUUUCAUAACAAUAAUGACCCUAGAAGAUCAGAAAGGCCCAAAAAUAUCUCAUACUAUGUACAAUGGGAAGGGGAGGAUUGACAGUCAAGAAGAAUGGGGAAUGACACUUGGUUGUUGAGAUGCCCUUUUGGUUGCUGCAACAUUGAUAACCGAGCAAAUUGCAGUUACACUAAAUAUGAGUAAAAGGUUCCUGCGAGAUAAUUUUCUUUUCUUUAUUCUUUUCAUUUCCUUUUUAUGAAAGCGUGGGACAAUCAAGCCCUCAUUCACACAAGCUGUUAGGAAUACAAGCAACAGAUAGAAAACACGAAGAAAACUAAACAAAACAAGACUGGUUCAACAAACUGCAAUAUUAGGUAAAGAAAACACACAGGCAUACAUAAAA